AUGAAGUCCCUGGCCCUGCUUUUCCUGCUCUUUGCGGGUGCAGCCAGCAAGGCUGUCUCACCCCGGGCCGUGUGGGGGCUUCGCAAGAUGAUCAAGUGCACCUUGCCUGACAGCUAUCCUCUGCUGGAUUACGCUGACUACGGCUGCUACUGCGGCUUGGGAGGCAGUGGGACUCCAGUGGAUGAGCUUGACAGGUGCUGUCAAGCCCACGAUAACUGCUACUCAGAGGCACAGAAACUGAAAUCAUGCACGUACAUUCUGGACAACCCCUACACAAAGUUCUACAGCUACAGCUGCUCCAACAAGGAGAUUACGUGUAGCAGCAAGAACAGCGAGUGCGCCAUGUUCAUCUGCAACUGCGACCGCACGGCUGCCAUGUGCUUCGCCAAGGCGCCCUACAACAGCGAAUACAAGGCGCUGGACACCAAGAAAUACUGCCAGUGA